CGUUCCUCACGGCGGCGCUGGUGGCGAUGGCCUAUGCGAAGAAAUCUGCGAAAAAACCUGGCCCCUCAAUCUUCCCUCCUCUUCCUCUCUCCUCCCAGUUCCUCCAAAACCAGUUCCUCCAACACCAGUUCCUCCGACACCAGUCACCAUCUUUACCAUCCUGUCAGGCGACAAGGAGGUUCCCAAGAAUGUCACAAAAGCUUCCAGGAGCCCCGUUGGAGACCCAACUGGCAAGGCGUACCUGAAAUUGACCAUCUACAA